GCGCGGAGUCGUCUUGCUGCUGCGUCUUAAGACGCUACGCACGCGGGAUCUCUACACGCGCAGGAGGCUUUUGAAGCCGCGCCCCGGGGUCUACUGUCGGCCGCUUUGCACGCAGCUUUCUAGCACUGCUGCUAGCUUUGUGCUUGGGUCAUGUCGCAGCCCAGUAUCCCCGCACAUAUACUGUAUGCCCUACGGGUCGGGGGCGACGCCGAGGCUGUCUCCCAAUGGCUCGCGUCCGAGGAUGGUGAGGAGGUAUUGACAUCAGCGAUGGCGGAGGCUGCGAUCAGCCACGAAUACACCACCGAGGCAAAACUCCGCUUCGUCCAGCUGGCUCUCGCUCGCGGCGCGGACCCGAAUCGAAUGUGUAAUGUCAAAACUGACCCGUUUACACAACUUUCAGACCUUCAGUUAUUCACCACGCUGUGCAUGGUCUCAACGCAAGCUACGGACUUGUCCCCGCGACUGAUCGAUCUGCUGAUUAGAUGGGGCGCGGGCGUCGAUUGGUUGCAAGCUAGGGUCACAUUUCCGAUAGAGGAUGACCGAACGGCUAUUCACAAAUACUCUCCUCUCGCUUGUGCAAUUCUCUACUCCUCCAGUUACGGGACACGACACAUAGCGGUCGCCCACGCGCUGUUGCGCUGCGGGGCGAGUCUGGACUUCGUCGCAAAGAUUACGGUCAAAGACGCGCAAGGAACCAAACUCGGGAGCCGAUCUGAGUCGAUCGAAUGGGUCCUGGGUGAGAAAGAACGGCGGGAGCCCUCGCUGGCCGAUAAGGCGCACUACCUCGCGCUCAAGGCGUUUCUGCUUUCCGUGCGCGCGGCCGGCGAUUAUCGUAGCUUUGUGAUCGAGCAACGACGAACGUGCGCGUUGGUGCGGCAUCUGGCGCUGCGUGAUCGUGCGACGACGCACGACUGCGUCUUAAAAUUCCUCGCCCGCACGGGCGAACGGGGCUUGUUCCGACGAGUUCUCUCGUACCUAUCGCCGCCGCUGCCACCGCCCACAACAACAACUCUCAAUAUAAGCAUUCCAUGGGCGGAAACUGGCGAAGAAACUUUCUUUCAGAUUAAGUCCAGAACAACACUCAUGAAGCUGUUUAGGGCCUUCGCGAGACGAGUAGGCCUCCCUGUCGGCCGAUUGGCUUUUAGCCUGCCCGGCUCUGAGUUACUGAUUGAGGGCUUCCAGAAGCCCGCGGACAUUGGUCUCGCAAAUGGUUCGCGUAUCGAUGCUAUGCCCUACGCCGAGCACCCCGCGGUCCUCCGGAAGCAAGCCGCAGCCGCGGCCGCCGUCGCAGCCGCUGCGGCGAGGCAGUACCUUGAGGCCCUCGAAGCCCUUAGAAAGAGGCCCUGCCUGUGGCUGGCGCGUAGGUGGAUGAGCUAGUAUGUAAGUAUGUUGUACAGAGG